GAGAGAGAGAGAGAGAGAGAGAGAGAGACAGACAUUGGCAUAGUAAGUGGAGUAACAGAGGAUUGUCAAUUGUCAGUCAGGCAAGUGAAUCCUCGACAGUACGUGGCCGAAAUUCCUCAGCUGGCCCCUAAGUUUAUGAAGGAUAACGGACUGAUGCAUGUCACUCUCUCGACCGCAGAUGGAGCAAUAGAGGCAGCUCCUGCGAUGGGCAUAGCUGAUGCUAUCGUGGACCUUGUGAGUAGCGGAACCACAUUGCAAGAUAAUGUGGAGUAACAUUGGAAAGAAAUCGAAGGUGGAGUAAUAUUGGUAAGUCAGGCUGUUCUUGUUGCUAGCAGGAAGUCCUGGACCCAACGGAAAGGUGUAUUGGACAUCACUCAUGAAAUCCUUAAAAGAUUGGAGGCACAUUUGAGGGCAGCUGGCCAGCUUACGGUUACUGCAAACAUGAGGGGAACCAGUGCAGAGGAGGUGGCGGAACGAAUACUGAGCCAAACAUCAUUGUCAGGGAUGCAGGGACCCACCGUAAGUCCGGUUUUUUGCAAACGUGAUGGGAGAAUAGCAGCAGAUUACUAUGCGAUAGUCAUGUGUACCCAAAAAGUUGCUUUAUAAGUCUGUUCAACAACUGAGAGCAGUAAGACAAUUUUCUUUCUUUACUAUGCCAUAGCCAUCUGUCUAACCCAAACUUCUGCGACCAACCCUGGGUUACAAUUUUUCGUGGCAGGUGAUUUUUUACAUGAAGUUUCCUAAGGCACCUCCCAGCAGCCUCGAUAACAUUCUAUCCAAAAAUGCAAGUUUGAGUCUCCUCAACCCCUUGUAAAAGGAAGGGCAUAAGAAUUUAAUGGAUCGAUGAAGACUCAAAAGUACGAUUUGGGAACUACUUGUAUAAUUUCUGGCUCAGCAGGCCUGGAGUUUCAGUGAUUCGCAGCUUGUCAAUGGUUUUCUAGCAAAAAAACAUGAUUCAGGCAAAAAAUGCCCGGAAAAUGGUUAGUUUUAUUUGAACUCAUUGUUUUCCGUUCUAUGCUGUUCACAAUGAUUGGUUCUGAAUCUUCACCGUUACCUCCUUUGGGAUCAAGGUUUACAUUUCAGGACUGCAGCUUCAUCUUUCUUAGCUUUUCCGUUUUUCCUGUAUCUUCGUGAAAAUCUGGGAAUAUCAUAAAUGGCUUUUUGGAACUAAUUGCUUGACUAUUUUUGUAAUGCAGAUCGGAGGCAGUGGAGUUCUUGUUCUCCUCUGACAUACAUUUUUGAUGAAGAACCCUCUCGAUGCCGCGAACUCCUUUCAAAACAUGACAUGUACUAGUCUUUUGGGGAUGCCUUGGGUGGUUUUUGCAUUCUAUAGCAUUAGCGUAUCGAUCGAAGAACUCCUUUAGCUAGUGUAAGAAGGCAAUUCAGCUUUGAAUUUUUUCUAGUUUAAAAAUCUCUGAGCUUGUUCCCUCUCCCUUAUGGGCCCCCUCCUGUUGUAAUCAUUACAUUUGGAAUGCUAUUAAUUUUUUUUUUGGAAUAAGUUAAUUUUUU